GCCCAGGGCGGAACCGAGCUCGGCGGUGAGACGCCCCCGGGACGGGUCCGUGGAUGAAAGCGGUGAAGGUGCGCUGCUCGGGGGAGCGAGCCGCUGCACGGGAACUCAUGCAGUCGCAGGGGCAUGAGAACGUGCAAUGUUCAAACCCUGAUGCAACACACAUGCUCGUUCUCUCCCCCAAUGGGAAGCUUUCUGAACAGUGGGCUACAGCUUCAGCUCACCGCUCUAGGACAAGGCUGGUGAAAGAACUAGGAGGACAAAAUAUUGUUCAAAUAGCAUGUGGGGACCAGCACGCCAUGGCACUGACCAGAGGAGGUGAGCUCUUCGCCUGGGGCCAGAACACUCAUGGACAGCUUGGAGUGGGGAGCCAAACCACCCUCAUCCUCACCACACCGCAGCUGGUGGAAAGACUGAAGGGCAUCUCACUCGCUCAAAUUGCUGCCGGAGGAGCUCACAGUGCUGCCGUGUCACUCUCUGGAGCUGUGUACUCCUGGGGAAAGAAUGAUUUUGGACAGCUGGGGCUUGGAGACACAGAAGACAGGGACUGCCCAUCGUACAUCGGAGCGUUAGAGCACUGGAAGACUGUAUUUAUCGCAUGUGGGGCAGAUCAUACUGCCGUUCUCUCCAAGGAGGGGUUGGUGUGCACCUUUGGAGCAGGAGGGGCUGGCCAGCUUGGUCACAACUCCACGCGGAAUGAACUCGUGCCUCGUCUGGUGGCCGAGCUGUGGGGAGCAAGAGUUUCGCAAGUUGCCUGCGGCAGUCAGCACACCAUGGUCUAUGUCCCCUCCUUGGACAAAGUCUAUUUGUUUGGUUCUGGUGAAGAAGGACAGCUGGGAGAUGAGAAAAAGCCUAAUCAGUUGAUACCACUUCCCAUCAGUUCACCAGUGAAUCCUGGGAAAUCUUGUCAGGAAAACAAGAUGUCACAAAAGGUGAUCAAAGUUAUUGAGGGAGGAAACCAAAGCAUUGUCCUUUGCAAGAACAAGAAUUCCUGUUUGAAUGGAAUUGCCACUCUGAAUGGUAAUGAAGUGGAUGCAUGGGUUUCUGAUUCCGGUUCGCAACAUUGGGGCAGUGUAAAAAAGAAAAUCAGACUGAUCUUUUCAUCUGAGGCUUGCAUCAAUGGAAGCUUCCUGGAGAAAAGAGACAAACAUUUCAAAACUUCCAAAGAAGUCUCGGGUGUAGACAUGUCGGAAGUGCAAUGUUUUUAUGAGAAGAUCAGCAAGAAGCCAGCAGUCUUCUGGAAGGUGCAAAAGGAGAUUACGAAGUUAUUGCCAUCACUGUCUCCCACUCCCAUCUCACCUGAAAAUUUCAGAGUCUACUUGAUCUUGCCUUUCCUUCUGCAGGGAGAUGAUGACAGCUCUUUCAGUUCUCUCGGGCUGCUAGCAGAAGCCAUCACGAAGCUCCAGCCAGAGGACCUGCAAACUCUUGAAUGCCUGUGGUCAAAUCUAGAAACACCCUUUUUCAAGAAACUGGUCUUCCUGUAUCAGAGGGUUUCCCAGAAAAACCUGUCUCAAUUUAUCAUGGGAGUCAAAAGUCGGUUGAGAAACCCCUACAAAAUGCACCCACAUGAAAGAGAGACUCUGCAAAUACUGCAGAUUCUUUACCAGGUGAACUCCAGAACUGGUUUCAGAGUACAAGAAAACAACUUCUAUGUGCCUCAAGUGAAAGAGAUUAUUGGAUUGUGUGCGUUUUUUGAUAUGGGAGUGGCCCUGUGGACUCUGACCAACUACCCAUGCAUCUUUGACAUGCAAGACAAGAUCUGCGUUCAUGAUACAGAACGCGAGGUUAUGUUCAGCCUCUUUAGUGAUCCAGACUUCAUAUGGAUGGGCCAGAACAAAUGGCAUUUUCUGAUCAGAAGACAGUGCCUUCUGCAGGACAUAUGGAGCCAUUUGAAAAAUGCAUCAACCUACCAAUUCAGGAAGUUCUUAAAGGUAAGAUACCAAAUCUUAUUAUUUGUUAGCUCUGGAUAUAUUGCUGCAGCAUUCUUUUGUUAUCGGUCCAGCCAGGCCUCGAGCUGCGAAGACACCUUCUUCCAGAUCGGGACGCUGUGCGGGAUGGCCCUGUACAACAGGUGCAUGCUGCCCAUCCCCUUCCCCAGGGCUCUCUACAAAAAGCUGCUGGGCAUCGUGCCUACCCUGGAGGACCUGGAGGAGCUGGUGCCAGGCACAGGCCGGAGUCUUCAGGGAAUUUUGGAUGAAGAAUGUGAUCACAUCCUUGAGAGCCUGGACAUGGACUUCACGAUAAUGGAAGAAGGUGGUUCCAUGGUUGCUGUUGAACUUAAAAAAAAUGGUGCCAACAUUCCUGUCACUAAGGAUAACAGGAAGGAAUUUGUUGACUUGUAUGUGAGUUACAUGCUCAACGAAUCGAUACAGAAGCCAUUUGAGGACUUCAAGCGAGGGUUUUUAAGAGGCUGCCCGACUGAAAAGUGGAAGAUGUUUCUCCCUGUAGAGCUCCAGAUUGUUCUCCAGGGACACACACAAUUUGACUGGCAUUUGCUGCAAGAGAAUGUGGAGUACACAUGGUAUAAAAAGUUAGAUCGAACCAUCAGGGAUUUUUGGGCUGUGUUUCACGACCUCCCAGAGGAAAAAAAGAAAAUGUUUCUUGCUUUUGUGUCAGGAUCUGAUCGGAUCCCUCUCUAUGGACUGGAACGUUUUGAAUUUUCGAUUCAAGAUCCUCAAGCAGAAAAUCCAGAUGAGUUAUAUCCUUCUGCCAAUACCUGCAGCCACAUUUUGUUGCUCCCCAGAUACAGCAGGAAAAAAAUACUCAAGAAAAAGUUGCUCUAUGCCAUUGAGCAUAAUGAAAGUUUUGGCUUGAGCUAACUCUUGGUCAGGAGCACUUAAAAGCAAAAAUAAGAAAACAAGUCUUUGUUUCACUUGGCAUAUUUUUCUCUUAAUUUACUGGUUUCUACCCUGCCUUAUUUUUACUGCACUUUAUAAAGACGAGUGUGUGUAGUCACUGAGAUUUUAUAUUGAUUAUAAAUACGAGUUUAGACCAGAUACCCGAUUGUUAGAUUAAAAAGCUAGGAAAGAAGAAUCCUACUUAACACGCUUCCAAGAAGCAAGCUGAUAACGGGUAUGUUUACAUCCACGUCCAUCCUGUCUGCACUUGGUGCUGGUCUUGUUGAGUUGGUGAGCUUUCAGCUGCAGGGAUUCUGCGAUUUGUACGUUACCAACCACACAGCCAGUAUAUGCUAAGCAGUCAUUGUUGUAAGAGGAAGCUAGGGUAAAGUUUUCACCCGUAUUAGUUAUGGAUUCUCUUGGGGAGUGACUAACACUAAGGAGACAUGUUCCUGCAAACUGAAUUGAAGGAGCAGUCUGUGCUCACCUUCAUAUGGCCUUUGGCUUAGCUGAGGGAAGUUCUUUGGAUGGGGAUUUGAUAAUUUUUGUCAAAAGCUGUAUUUCUAAAGCAUUAAUAGACUUUUAGUUAUUUAGUGUGAUAACACUGAUAUUUGUCAUGUUUCUUUAUAUCUUCUAAGGAGAUGUUUGGCAGUUAAAUAAAAUUUUAGGCUUGCAGAACAGCUCUGGCUAUAGAACCCUGUGGACAUGAGGCUUGCAGGGCCGCUGGAAACUCCUUGUCGAAACACUGCAUGGCACUGGCAGGACAUUGACAAUGUCAGGCAGGAUGUACAGGCAGGAUGUGUAUUUUUCUGUAUAUUUUGCUUUGUGUGAAAAUACAUACAGAGAGAAAGAGAGGGAGAGAGAGACAACAAUCAUGAUUUUUCGGCGGUCCUCUUUGGUGUGUUAAAUGUGUUGGUGGACAUACAUAUGUAAAGAAGACUUUAACUGUGUUGAAUUAAAUGAUGACUGAUUAAAUUUGCA